UACUUUUUUAAUAAAAAAAAUAAGAAAGAAAAAACAAUUAAAAUUACAUACAUCAAAUAAAUUUUUAUAAUUGAAAAGAAUCUUUAAAAUUUAUCGGAUAGUCAACAAAUAUGAUUCUCAAACCUGUCUAUAAUCACGGAUCGACUUCAAGAGAUUUCUCUAUUUUUUAGGGUUAUUAGUAUUACAACUACAACUCCCAGUGAGAUGGCGAAUACUCAUAGAUCCCAUAUCCCAAUACCAACAUAAAGGGGCCUUAUUGCAUUUAAACAAAAUUUGGCCGUUGUUUAGCAAAUUUAUAUUUCCAAAACGCAAAGUUUUAAUAUUAAGCCGCGAAUGUGAUGAUACGACGUGCUCACUUUCAUUUCAUUGCCAUGAAAAUUUCAAGUUAAAGACUGAAAUUGGAAUUGAAGGGCAGCAAGGCGGCACUUACUAUACCUUUAAAAAAAGAGAAAAUUAAAUUCCAAAAACAAAACAAUUAAAUCCACAAAAAAGGGAAUAGAUAAUUUUAAAUUUUACUCACGUCCAAAAGAACAUUUAAACAAAAAACAAAUAUCCAAGAUAAAGGAAUGGGCGAGAAAAAUUGUCGGAUUUAGGGAAUAAAUCAAAAAAAUCAUUUAAUUUAAAAAAAACAAAAAAAUCAUUUAAAAACUAACUCAAUUAAAAACGAUAAUUCACCUUCCUCAAAAAUCAAUUAAAAACUUCUUUUUUUUUACUUGGAUUUUUUUUUGUUGAAGAAAUCCAAAUUUAUCAAAAAAAAAAAUUAUCUGUGCAUUUAUAUUAAUUGUUUUAAUUAUUUUAUUUUAUUUUUUUUUAAAAAAAAUAUUUAUUUCCACCAUUUACCUGGAUAUAUUUGUUAAAAUCAUUCCAUUGUUGUCUACGGGUUCGCGCGAUAACUCUAUUAUAAAUAGGUGGAACACUCCAUAUUCAAACACAAGCUGACAUUCGAAUGAUCGAUUCAUUUUUCUUUGGCGAUUAUCGAUGUAUAGUCGCUAAAUGACGCUUGGAUAGAUCAAUUAUAAAUCAUGAUAUCGCUCCAUUGAAAAUAAGCCCAAUUUUCUCAAUGCUACACACACUGAUCAAAUGUCUUUAUCAUUCUCGAUUAUUCCUAAUCACUUUCAUAUGCCAAUCCCACCUAACAUUACUUAUCACCGCCCGUUUAAUAAACCGUAUCCCAACAUAAAAACACUCAACAUGAAACGAUCGAUUAAAAAUAGCCAUAGUGUUUGCGAGCAACUUCCCAUCCCUCAUUCUACACCUGGUCUAGCUGGUGAAUUAAUGAAUGCUAAAUACUUAUAUAAAGCUGAUUCUGGAGUGGGAUCCAUAGAGAAAAGCACGAUCUUCGAAUACGAAGAUAUCGAUGAGAAGGAGGAAAUUUCGGAAGAGAAGGUAGGGUUGGGCUUGGAAAAUUGUAAGGACAUGAUGGAAGAGAAGCAUAAAAGAUUAACUCACACCCCGGCUACCGUUAAUCAUUUUAACGAGCAUUUGAUAGAAAAAAAUUUCGAUAAUAAUCAAUCGAUUCUUUACAGCAUUGGUACUGUUAAUGGCGCGGGUUCGAAAAAACGAAAGCAAAUUGCACCAAUAAGGUUGCACCAUGGUCAAGGCAAUUCCAAGAAUUUCAAAAAAACUAACAUGAAAUCCAAAGAGCCUCUCGCUGAAGAAAUGGAUUCGCAACUUAUCUCUAAGUCCUCUCAAAGUGAGAAAGAAAUCACGAAUUGUCCAAACACAAAUAUUAUGGUUAGUCAUAAUACUAAUUUUACCCUAAAAGAAACCAAACCGGGACCUGAAUUAAAAUCGAAACCGUCAUUCAUCGCCAACAGUCAAUCAACCCCGGUUACUUCUUCCCUUUGGGAUACUGCUACAUUUGCUUCUUUUGAUACUUAUCUAUCGGCAGCUAACUCAGCAAACGUUGCUUUAUAUGGUUAUGGCGCCGCAGCUCCCUUUGCCUUCCCGCCUUUUUUUGGGACUGGUUCCUCUAACCCUUAUUACCAAUACUUCAUGCCCGAAACCAAAGAUAAAUCAUCGUCGAAACUUGAUGAGCCAACCAGCUCCCAAGAGUUUUCUCUUGGUUCACAUCUCCCAUCACAAGCUAACGUUCUACCUCAUCCCUUCAUGAUGUAUGAUAUGCCACCCUUCUUGGCUAACUCGCUUCAGCAACAGGCCCCAACCUCCCAACACCCUCUCCCGCCCCCACCGUCUCGUAUUUUUAACCAUGAUGCUUUUUGCGAGCUGUGUAACAAAGAAUUUUGCAACAAGUACUUCCUCAAGACGCACAAGGCUAACAAGCAUGGUGUGUUCGAUAUGGCAUCCCUCAACAACUUUUAUACUAAUAACCUUAAUCUAUUCGCACCCCAAUUUGGACUAGACCCUUCUUCAUAUGAGCCAGCCACUACUAAUGCUGCGGAAAAAAUAGAAUAUAAUUCUGAAAAAAUAGAAGUGGGUACCAAUUGUGAGAAUAGGGAUUCAGAAGCUGAAUUCGACAAGUCUCAAAUUCUCUAUUUAUUAGAGACAACGCAAAGCAACAUAGUUAUAGAGCCUAAGCCUCCUGAGGGUUUUAAAACCCCACCUCAGAUAACCGAUGAUGCAUUUCCCAAUUUUAAGGAUGAAAAUGUUGUUUUGGAUAUAUCGCCAUCAAUUGAUGAUCACAUAAACAACGAUAAUAGCAAUUGCACUAAAAAUGAUUCUGUUGUAAUAAAGAGUAGUUGCGAUAAUUUAAAUGAUCCUUUAAACGUAACCCAAUCAGUUAUAGACAAAGUACAAAAAUCUCCCGAUAUUAGUUCCUCUAAAUCUACCAGUUUAAACGUUCAGACCUUCACAACUCACGCAAAGUCUCAAAGCACUCCUCCCUUUUCUUCCUCUUUUCAUCUCGAAAAACAAUCGGCUGACUUGACAAUGCCUAAUUCUUCGGGGGAAUCUUAUUGUGACCUUUGCAGAAAAGAAUUUUGCAACAAGUAUUUCCUUAAAAAGCAUAAAAAGAAUAUACAUGGUAUCGUUACUCCUAACGAGCCUUUCUCUAACGAAUCCAAUAAUGUCAACAAAUCUAUCAAAUCAGAUUCAUCAUCUCAAAUAUCUUUAUCGGCUGACGACACUAUCCUUCCCUCAAAAUGUGAAAAGUCAUCCACUACCCAUCAACACCCAAUCUAUGAUUCCUCUCUGGGAUCUACCUCUCCAAAUCCUACCCUAACUGAUGAAGCCCAUAAUGCUAUAAUGAACUAUCAAAGCAGCAAUCCGGAUAAAGCCGACGAUACUGAUAAGUGCUCAUCUAACAAAAUCAUAGUUUCUGGCUCUAAAUAUCCCUGUACGAAAUGCGAUAAAAGCUUUAACAACAUGCACUUUUUGAGGUCCCAUUUGUUCAACGUUCACGAUCAGCCCAUUGAUUUUGGGAUAAAAAAUCCUAGCAUUAUUAUAAACCACAAAAAAGUUGGGGAAGAAAAUGUUGAAAGUUUACAAAAAUCAUUAAAAACCGUUGAAUCGAACAUCAAAACGGUAUUUAAUCACACCGACAGCCAGAGAACCGAAAACUCGCACACGAACAACAAACUAAUGGUAACCGAAAAGCCGAUCACAAUCAGUUACGAAGACGAUGAGGGUAGUAUUAUCAAAACUGAAUCAUGCGAAAAAGCCAAAUCUCUAGGUUCAGAAAUGAUAAAGAAAUUAGAAAAUGUGACCAGGCACUCUAUUUCGAAGUUUGAUAAUGGAUCCGAUCAGUCGUUAGAGUUUAAUAGCUUGAUGGAAUAUGAUGAUGAUUUUGAUACUUCUUGCAGCAAUACCAUGAAAUCUAAAUCUAAAAUAAAAUUGAUAUCUGCUAACCAUUCAAUACACUCGUAUCAUAAAAAUAUUUCUAGUGGCGGGUUUGAACCCCCAAAACACAUAUAUAAUCGAUAUUAUAAUUCAAAAGAUCAUUUUUACCAUCAAUGGGGUAGCAGCUUUUGUCAAAUUUGUCAGAAGGAACUCUGCAAUAAAUACUUUCUCAAGACUCAUAUGGUGAAAAUGCACGGGGUUUCUGUUGAAGAAGCUAAGCGGAUUUUAAGAAAACAAACCUACGCACACGGUUCAAACUCUCUAUCAAACUACAAGAUGGGUAAGAGUUUAAAUCAGUGGGUUUCAAAUCAUUCAUCAAACAAAAAAUCUUCGGGUUUUUAUAAUACUAAACACGUUGACCACGAUCGCUCUAACACCGAUAAUACUUGCAAUAAUUGCAUCAAAGAGGAGCCCAUAGAUGUUUUAUACAAAAGUAACUGGGCUAAGAGCAAAGAAUCGGCAAUUUAUCAAUCUCCUCCUAAUCACGAAUCGGUCGAUAAAACGGUUAAGGCAAUCAACAAUUUCGAUGAUAUGAAGUAUUACCAUCCUUAUUUUCAAUAUUUUUAUCAUCCCACCCUUUUCCCUAACCAUAUGAUGAUGCCCGAGGUAGCUUCAUCCCAAUCUUGCGCGAUGUCCACUACCUCGUCCUUACUAAAGACUUCCCCCCGGCAUCAACUUUAUCCUAAGGACAAAAACUGUAGGAUGAAUCAUGUGAUCAACAAUACUCAACAACCAUCAUUCCACUACCCUAAUUUUUAUGGCUCCAAUAUAUUUCCUCCUUCGCAAUGUUCUUCUCAGCCCAUACUUAUGUCUCACAAGUUUGCUUCACCGUCUUUCAAAAAUAUAGGGCUCGAACCGAAGAUGAUUGCAUGUCCCUAUUGCGGCCUGUUAAUCGAAGACCCGAAAUCUUUGUUAAAACACCUUUAUCUGGAACAUCCAGAUGAAGAUGUAGAUCCUUCCUGCAUUAACUCUUUUCCUUACUACGCUCCUUCUACUUGUUUGGACCAAAAUGUUCCACCCUACAAUUUCUCGAAUAGAAUCAAUCAUUAUCCAUCAAAUACCAAAGAUAUGGCCAAAAGAUUAUCCCAAUUUUAUAUUAAUCAAGAUAAUUAUUCGGCAUACCAUGGUAGUCAUAGCGCUCAAUCGCACCAGCAUUUAUUAUUAAGCAAUUCAUAUCAAUCCGACCCUACAAUUCCUAAACACGCUUGUAGAAAAUGUGGUAGAUCUUUCAACUACCCGGAGACUUUAUUGAGGCACCAAAAAUCGCACCUCUCUCAAGAUAGACAACACAAAAUAAAUAAAGGUAUUUCGGUGUAUAAUGAUCUCACGGAUUCUGUUAAGAAAUCGGAAAUUAAGGCUCAAAACAGAAAAUAUAUUUCAACAACGAGAGCAGAAACACUUGAAUCUCAGCCAGCAUUACCAAACGAUAAUGCUGACUCAAAUAUUAAAUGUAGAGGCAAUCGCGCUGAUAUUUUUAAACAAAGGUAUCCGAUGACAAAAUACGGCAUGGACAGAGUUUACGCUAGAACAAACUAUCAAAAUAAUUAUCACUACCGGAACAGGGUUAAACGAUCCAUGUUCGACAAAUUAGGAAGCCUAUAUAGAAGGAGAAAAAAAUUCCGCAAAAGAUGGAAUUUGCGCACGAAAUUUAAUGGCUCAGUCAAAUCCGAUUUAUCUCGUAGCAAUAAAUCCUCUAUCGACUAUACUGAAAUGCCUAUUUCAUUAUUGAAAAAUCCUGGCUAUCCAAACAAUUAUGACUCGAGCAAUAAAAUUAUCAACUCAUCUACUAUGCAUCCUAAUAACGGCGAUAUCAAAAUUUCUUCAAAAUUAGUUUCGACUACCUUAAGUUUAUCUUACAAGCAAACUAAAUCCGCCAGCAAUAUAGACCAUGACAUGGCAAAAUUGUCAGUCACCAAACCAAGCUUAUCCCUGAAUUCACUAGUCACAUCAGCAUCCAUUACAAACGUUGGGGUUACAAAAUCUACUUCACCUGGCGAUUUACUUGCAUCUAAUUCUGACAAUAAUCAAGUCUCCCCGAUAAAUAAAGAAACUAAACGUCUGCCUUCAUCUUUUUCAUCUCCUCAAAUUUCUAGAGAUACUAUAGACAUAAAAUCGCUUUUCAUCGAACCUUUGAAUAAUACUAAUUCCCCAUUAUCCAAUGACUCAAUUAAGGACAAAAUCAUUAUGCAACCAUUCAUCCUAAAAACUUAUAAUAAUUCUGACAGCCAAAACGCUUCUAUUUUUGUGAAAAACAGUUUGGGUGACACGACCGAUCGCUUGACCCAUAAUUCCUAUUCGGCGGCCGAAACCUUCCUCAUAAAUCACAUUUCUCGGCGGGAAUCAAUUUCCGCGCACGUUCCGCUCAUCCCUUCCCUCGUUUAUUUGCCCGUAAUUAGCGAGAUCAAGGAGAAAACUAUAGCUCUGUUUACCUUGGAGCCAUACCAAGAACCACGCGCCAAAAAACUUCAAUAAUUUUUUUUUUUGAUUAUGAAGAUUAACAUGACCAAAACUUCUCUAAGACUCUAUAUUUAUUAUUUAUCGAAGAACAUAAUUAAUUUUUCCGCUCUACCUCAAAUAAAUGACAAAUAAUACGUCAAAUAAUUUAAAAAAAACUAUUUUUUGAAUAAGCUUUACAGAAUUAUUAUACUAUUUUUUUUUACAUUAUAAAAUUAUAAGAAUUGAAUUUGAUUAAUUAAUAUAUUUGUGGCAUAAUAUAAUAUAAUUUUUUUUCACCUUUAUACUUUAAAGAAGAAAAAAAUAUUUUGUUUCUCUUUUAUAAAGAGAUAAUUAUACCUUUCUCAUUGUUUUUUUGGAGGAAAAUAAUUUAUAUACCUAGCGUUCAGCACCCCCCCCCCCUUUUUUUACAUACUCGAAAAGAGCAACUAAUCUACUUAAAUAUCCCCUCAUUCAUCUCGCUUCUAUCUCUGAAGUUUUCUAGAUUCUUUUAGAUUUUAAAACCUACUCUCCCUGUAAUCUAUUGGCACCCAACUCCGAACAAUUUUAAUAUAUCCAUCUCCCGGUGUUGGACAAGGUGUUAACUUUCAUAUUUGGUUUACUUGUAAAUACUCAUUUCUUCUUUUAAAUACCUUCAACUUUUAACAUUUAUUAUAAAAUAUUUCAUACUAUAACUUUUCGCUCAUUUUUUUGUCUUUUUUGGCGUUAAGAAAAAUAAAAAAUAUUUUGAAAUAUUUACAAAAACGCUAUUCAUAAUUAAUAUAUCAAACAAUUAUUAUAUUUUUUAUUUUAAAAAUUUUAUAUUUUUUGAAAAAAUCGGUUAAGAUUUAUUUUUGCAUUAUAUAUUUUCUUAUUCAAUAUUGUCUCCCAUUUUUUUUUACCCCCCACCCCCAGCUUCCCCGCAUUAUACUACCUAAAUAUUUGGUUCGGUUUUUUUUAAAAAAAAAAGCAAAUACAUUACUUUUUGGAAUAUUCACUCAUCUUCGUAAACCAUUUUACCCCUGUUUUGAAUCAUCUUUUGAAAACCAUUUUACCCCUAUGUUGAAUAAAAUCUAUAUAUCCCGAUUAAGGUUCAAAGAAAUAAAGGAUCACCAUUCUCGACAGCGAUAAUAACAACUACCCUUUUUUUCAAACUACUCUCCUUCAAUACCUCUAAAAUAAAAAUAUACGAAAUUAUGUAUUUUUUUUGACCAAUUAAUUAGAAAAUAAAAAAUAUAUUAUACAAAAAAAAAUAACUCAAUUUAUGUCGAAUUUUGUAAGACAAUAGAAAAAAAAAAUCAAUUAAUAUACUUUAUUAUUUACAAAUAUUGAAAAAUAUAUUAUUUUACGUUUUAUGAUUGAAUUUUAUUUUCACCAUUUUUUUUUAUGCCAACCUAAUCCUUCCCCUUUUCUUAACUGCAUAAGUUAUUAGUUAGCAAUGAAUUACGACCUUUAACAAUUUAUAAUUUAUUAAACUAAUUAAACUUCCCUCUUUACUAGUUACCUUCAAGUAAAUCUUAUGCCCUUCCCUUUUUAUAUUUAAAAAAAAUAUUUGCCAAUAAUUUUAAACUACUACUAUAUGAAAUUCACUAUUCUCCUUUUGGAUGCGUUAUCCAUAUUAAUUAAAUUAAUUAAACUGGUCCAAUUUGUUUCAUUUUUAAAAAAUAAAAAGAUCCAAAUUUUAACAUCUUUCCGCUAAAAUUUAAAAUAUAUUUGGAAAUAAAAUUAAUUUAAAACUAUGACAAAUUUUUUUAUAUAUAUUUUUUUUUCAUUUAGCGAAAUUUUAUCAAAAAAAAUAAAUAAAAAUGAUUUUUUUAGUACAAUUUUAAAUUACAAUUAUGCGUUAUCAUUUAUUGUAUUGGAUCAUUUCCGUAAUUAUCCAAAAAUUUGUUGGUUUUUUUCUUUAUUUCUUUCUUUUCUAAUCAACUGGAUAGGUUUUUUUUUAUAAUUAUUAAAUCAUUCUUUUUUUUAAGAAAAAAUAAAAUUUCACAUUUUAAAAAUCAAAAUACUUGGACAAUUAAAAAUUCCUCCCUAAUUUUUCGUUUAAUGGUAUAUAAUAUAUGUUUCUCCCAUUUUUUUUCGUCAUCUUUGUAUAUCAUGUAGUUAUAUUGUUAUCAUUUUUUUUUAUUUGGAUCACUUGAAGAUGGUGUAACAAUAAAUGAUAAAGUUUUUUUUCCAACUUUGGAACAAUUUAUAUAAUACAUAUACAUACCAUACCUAAUAAUAAUUUACCAUUUUUGUCCCAAAAUAUAUAUCUACAAAUUGUAAAACUUUUAUAACAUGUUUAUAUAUAAUGAUAAUAAUUUAAAUUGAUCUUUAUAUUAUACAUAUUAUAUCAAU